CGGGGCGGGGCGGCCGAGGAGGCGUUGGCAGCGGGCGGGGACCCACGCGGUGCGCGGCCCGCCUGGCCUGCGGCGCUCCCUCCCCCGGCGGCGGCGGCGGCACGAUGCCCUUUGACUUCAGGAGGUUUGACAUCUACAGGAAGGUGCCCAAGGACCUUACGCAGCCGACGUACACCGGGGCCAUUAUCUCUGUCUGCUGCUGUCUCUUCAUCCUCUUCCUCUUCCUUUCGGAGCUCACCGGAUUUAUAACGACGGAAGUCGUGAAUGAGCUCUACGUCGAUGACCCAGAUAAGGACAGCGGGGGCAAAAUCGACGUCAGCUUAAACAUCAGUUUGCCCAAUUUACACUGUGAACUGGUCGGGCUCGACAUACAGGAUGAGAUGGGCAGGCACGAGGUGGGGCACAUCGACAACUCGAUGAAGGUCCCGCUGAACAACGGGGCUGGCUGCCGCUUCGAGGGGCAGUUCAGCAUCAACAAGGUCCCUGGCAACUUCCAUGUGUCCACACACAGCGCCACAGCCCAGCCACAGAACCCAGACAUGACCCAUGUCAUCCACAAGCUCUCCUUUGGGGACACGCUGCAGGUCCAGAAUGUCCACGGAGCUUUCAAUGCUCUCGGGGGAGCCGACAGACUCACCUCCAACCCCCUCGCCUCCCACGACUACAUCCUGAAGAUCGUGCCCACGGUGUACGAGGACAAGAGUGGCAAGCAGCGGUACUCUUACCAGUACACGGUGGCCAACAAGGAGUACGUCGCCUACAGCCACACGGGCCGCAUCAUCCCCGCCAUCUGGUUCCGCUAUGACCUCAGCCCCAUCACGGUCAAGUACACGGAGAGACGGCAGCCUCUGUACAGGUUCAUCACCACGAUCUGUGCCAUCAUUGGUGGGACCUUCACUGUUGCCGGCAUUCUGGACUCCUGUAUCUUCACAGCCUCAGAGGCCUGGAAGAAGAUCCAGCUGGGCAAGAUGCAUUGAUGACCUGCCCGGCCCCGUGGCCAAGGACCCAGGGAGACUGCCAGCCCUGCCUCCGCGCCCUGUCUCCUCCUGCCCUCUCUCUGGCCCAGGAUCUGGCUGCGUCCCCAAGUGGUGGUGGGGGGAGGGAGGAGGCGGCUCAUGGUUUCGCAGCUACCUCUUUUCCCCAAGUUUAAUUUUAGACAAACUACACUGCCUGAAGUAGUGGUGCCCCUUUCCCUGGGGAGCCCCAAGACCAGAGUCAGGGAAGGGGGUCUUGGGGAUAUUGGGGACCACUCCUGAAGGAUACGGUCCCUUCCCUCUUAGGGAACAGCUCAGAAUCCACGUCAACCAGCUCUCAUCCAGGCUCUGACAAUCUCAAAGCCCCCGCCACUGGGACGCUCUAAUCACCCGCAGACCUGGGCUCUCAGCUUUGGACCAGGCUGCCCAAUGGUACCUCCCACCUGGCGCCUUCAACAAGGGAUGGUACUGCCCAGGCAAGCCCCUGAGAGAUGGCACUGUAGCUGGGACCCUCGCUACCCCUCCAUCCCUUCCUGCCUGCCCUAGAACCCAGGCCUCAAGUCCCUUAUCCCCAUCCCUUUCUUUUUCUCCCAAGAAGCAGAUGCCCAGUUGCUGAGCAGCAGCGGUGGAGACUGAAAUCUGCCCACUGGUCCCUGGGCAGGUGGCAAGUUCCCCUUCCUUUCUUCACCUUGCUCCUCUGAACCCUGUGCCAAUGUGCCUCGGCCGGCCCCUGUGCUGUGUGGCAAGAGCAUCUCUUGGUGGAGGGGCUGGUUGUGAUCGGGAAGUCCUUCUUUGAGAACUAGACAUGGUUUGUGCACUUAUGUCCAGACGGGAAGCAUCCUUCUCGGCAACCCUGAAAUCAUCAGGUCUCAGCCUGUCCCAGACAGCCAGCAUCAGUCCAAGGCCUUAGGUGGGGAAGAAAAGCAGACCAGCAUCCUCCCGUCUGUGGACGUCCACCUUCUGGGCGCCCAGGAGGUGCACAGCGCUGGCACCUCUCUGCAGCUCGGUUGUGGCCCACUUGCCACUGAGCUCCCCUGUUGGCUGGCCACACACCAACACAUUCCUUGUCCCUGGGUGGCUCCACUGUCUCCCCACUUGCUCCUGGCCUGGGUCCCUACCCCACUGCUCCCUCGCGUCCUUCCCCGUUAGUCCCAAAAGGGAGGAGCAAUGGUGCAGGCACUAAUUCCACCCAGGGAAUUUUAGGUAUGCCCUCGUGUCCCAGGGAGAGAGCCGCCCGCCUCUUUUCCAUUUAUAUCAAGAUUGUUUGCAUACUUUUGUAAUUAAGGGGAGUGUCCAGUGGAAGGAGUUUUUAAAUUGUAUCUCUAUGGAUAGCUCAAGUCUCUGCCAUUUGUAAUUUUUGGCUCUGUAUUCCAAUUAGAAAAGCUUCCCCUUUUGCAUAUAGGUUGACUGAUGCUGUGAAUGUAAACUGCAUUUGGUUAUUUCUGGUGUCUGUGGCCACUUGAUGGAUUUUUUUUCACAUUCUGUUCCCCAGUUACAGAAGGAGUCCCUCUGGUGUGUGAAUACACGUGCCUGUAGAGGGUGGGCAGGGCGGGGUGGGGAAAUGGGCGGCAUGCACAUGAGUUAGAAUUCCACUUUUAUGCAUUUUUUAAAAAAAAAAAAGCUUGCGGACAUAGGGGAUGUCGGUUUCCUAUGGAAGAGACACCUCUGACCCAUUAUUCUUAUAAACAAAAUCUCCAGGGAAAAAAGUGUUUUAGUUCUUUCCCCACUCAUCGGGUUCAAAUAGAUUAAAAGGCUAAUUUUCAGAAA